AUGUUGAAUCCCAUGGAUUUCGUCACCGAAAUCCUGGUCACAGCAGCCGUGCUUGUUGCAUUAAUCUUCCUUUGGCAGUACCGAGGCAGAGUGAUGAAAGUUCUGACUGGUGAUGACAAGCUGCAUGGAUCCGUUUUGGAUGGUAUUUGGUGCUGUUGCUUCCAAUGCUGUGGAGUUUGUACUGGUGACUGGACUCGGAAUCUGACAAUGUUCCAAUGCUGUCCUCGCAGGUUGCGAAGGCAAAACCUGGUGAAGGUAGUUGGUCAGCUCCUGGGCAUGUCUACUUACACGGUGGAGCUGCGAAACAUCGUCGUUGGUGAUCUUCCUUAUGAUGGUCGCGGAGACGUGUACCUAAGCGUCGAAUGCGCAGUCAACCCAGCUAUGAUGACUGCAGUGGCAGAAGACAAGCAAGCAAAGGUUAUCCACUUCCCUGAGAUCCUCACAGUUCGUGUUCGGAACAACCUGUUAGAAGGAAACGUUCGCAUCACAGCAAAGCGGAUGAACGUCUUCGGAUCUGAAGAUCUUUGCAAAGUUGUGAUCAGUCCUAUGAACAUUGUGCACUGGGCAAGUCAAACAGAUGAGCAAGACAAGAUCAAGCGCUUUCAAAUGAAGACCACGAACUUCGAUUUGGAGAGAGAAACCCCUCCUUGGAUCCUUGUGGAGUUCGGCCAGCCCAUGGAGGUGCGCGAUAUUGACAACAUCAGAAGCGUUGACACGAUUCGAACCGCCACCAGAGACAACCAGGCCCAGGAGUUCAAUGUGGCAACCUACAAGCACACCUACUACUUGCUGGAUGCAAGAGGGCACGCUAUUGACGAGCCCAUGGAAGAGGACUUGGCAGAAGUGCGAGCAAUGAGGCUGAAGGCAGUUUGGUGCUUCCACUUGUGCAACUGCUGGACGAUUAUGAUCGUCUUUGCUUACGCCUUUGUGCGAGCUUAUGUGUGGUCCUGCUACAGACGAUUCAAUUGGCUGACGAUGGCUGUUCUCAACAACGGCACUUCCGAGCAAACCGAACCAACGCAUUUUCCCAUCAGCUUCCACGACAUGGCAAAAAUUGGCGAGCAAUGCGAGGCAGAAGUGAAAGGGACGGGCCUUCAAGGUGUCCCUUGUAGGCCAAGCUUAGAUCAGAUCAACCUGCUGUGUACUAGCUCACAAUUUCUUGAUGGACAUGGCCAACCAUGGCCAAAAGCUUUUGCUGAUUACGGAUUUAUUGAGGAUGUGUUGGGGGAGAAUCAGGUCGGGAUACCGUGCUUACCGGGCAUUUGCAAUGUGAGACAGAAGCUCGUUGAACACGAGUGGACCUUGAUUGGUAUUUGCAUUGGUAUGUUUGUGAGCAAUUGCUUGCUUCGAUGGUGCAUGGAUGCAAGGAUCCGGCAAGUGAAAGCACGGAAGCUUCUAGACAGACAGCACCAAGCAGAAGAGUUCAGGAAGCAAAAGCGGGACCAGCUGGACGCCAAGAGAAUUCCGAGCAGUGCUGAUGUGCUUUUAAAUUUCGAAAACAGCAUAGCCUCAGGGUGUCACCUUCCCCUUCUUUCUUUGCAACUUUAUGCAAUGCUGAGAGCAGAUCACAAGGGCCAUCCAUGGUCAGUGCUCUGUGGACUGACCAGAUAUCCAGCUGGCAAUCAUGCAGAAGUCACUGCAGGAGUGCAAGAGGCGGAUCAGCAAGGUGUGACCUUGGCUCCCAAUGUACGAGAGAUGAUCUCUCAAUGGCUUGCCGUGAACGCACCCAAAAAGCCGCUGGAAAGGCCGCCACCUCCAUCACCUCCAGAGCCAGCUCCUCCUGCUCCAGGACCUGAUGCUCAAAACGAGCCCCAAGCAGCAACUACUGCUGAAAAGCUUCGGAAUGCGCUCCUCAGGUUUUUCGAGCUGGCUCCAAAAGACAGUGAUGCAGCAGCUGGUUUGGGGAUAUUCGAAGGUGAAGAUGGACAAAGGUAUUUGCCCUUGCCAGUGCUGGGUAGGGCUGUUGGAAUCACGGGAGAAGACUUCGAAGUGGCCAUGAAGGCUUGGAAUGUUGUCAACGAGACACCAGCGGGCACAUUCACCCUGACAAACGAUGCACGGGCAGUGGGCUUAGUGGAGUGGGCCGGUUGGGAGGAGUUUUCAACCUCGCUCGAUGUCAUUGUGAAGGGCACACGUGAUCCAGCAUUUGAGCCCCGGUCGAUUCAAGGACAUGUUGCAAGAGCAGCUUGUGGUGCAGUUCGGUCUGGACCAUUACGUCAAGCAGAUGUUCUUCGCAGGCUUCAGGAGCUUUCAUCAGAGAAUUUACCUCAGGAUGCAGCGCCUGCGCUGAAGAGUGCAAUCCUUCGUAGAGCACGACUUGCUCUGGCGUGCUUGGUGGAUGCAAUUGCAUCGCAGGGGCUUGGCCCACAGGCUGGCCUUGACUCUAUGGGACUUGUUGGGCAGCUUCCAAGGACUCUCUUCGGAAUAAUAUUCGAUAACAUCGAUGAUCGAGACCGUGGAGCUUGUGCAUUCUUGGGUGAGGUUCUGCAGUCCUGGGAUCGACGGCGUUGCUUUUCAAAGCGGUGGCUCCAGGAUGCCGCGGGCAAGUUCUCCAUGCCCAAGGGGCCAAAUUCCGAGCGGGACGAACGACGUGGCUGGUAUGCGCUGACUUCAGAAAAUUUACACAGAAAACCUGCAGAGGAUGCCCAAGCGCCGAACGCCCCCAAGGCCCAAUCCUUCUUGAGCACCGACGAUACACCACCAGUAGAGGUCAAAGAAAAGCCCGACGGUGGCAAAGAGAAGGAAUCGAAAAAGAAGGAGACUUCUGCUCGCCGCCGAAGUCGUACUCCCAGAAGCCCGAGAAGAAGGAGAAGAAGCUCUUCCCGUGACUCUGCGCAUGAAAGAAGCCACAGAAAGCCGAAGGAAAAUAAAGACAGCAAGGAGAAUUCUAAGGAAAAUGCAGAAAAGGAAAAUCGAGAGGUCAAGGAGCCUGAUGGAAAGGUGCCUUUAGCUACCCCUGACACUGCGGCCACUCCUUCACCGCCGGACAUGCUAGCAGGCUCUGGCGAAGUUGGAGAGCAGGCUGAACUUGCAGAGGCCAAAAAAAAGCGACGUAUCCUGCAACAUGCACAGGCCUCGGCUGCACAAAUUAGCCAUAUGAAUUUGGAAUUACGCUGGCUACCCAAACAGCUGGGUUUGAUUUGCAAGAUUCUGCAGGCUCUAGGAACUGAGCAAGAUCAUUUUCCAGUAAAGGGACCCAAAUGCACAGAUCUGCUGUCAUCCACCGAAGUGCGUUCACAGGCAGAAUCUGGAAUCGUGUUUUUGUUGAGACGGGCCAAGACCCUGAAAGAAUCAUAUGUCUUCUUUUCGGAAGGCAUACAAAGUGGAAACCAAGCUGGUGGGACAGACACCAUAGAGAUUCAACCCACCCAGCAUGCAACAAACAGUGUGCACCACCUUUGCUUGCCUGCUUGUGGGCAAAGAAACCAUGCCACUUGCUGA